AUGAGCUUGGAGAACCUCAAGCUGAUAUAUGUUCAGCACAUCAAAGCACCACUGCCCAAUGGCUGCCCCAGGUGUUUUCUGAGCCCAGUUCCCUGGGACCAGGACAGCUUCCUGCAAGUGAAGGUGGAAGAAAAAGAGGAAGCCAGCCUCUCCAAGGACCAAGACUCCACCCCUGGCCACACUGCUAGCUCGAGGCUGUGCUUCCAGGGAGUCCACUAUGAGGAGCUAUCCAGCCCGAAUGAAGCACCGGCCCAGCUCCGAGAGCUGUGCCUGCAGAGGCUGCGGCCUGAGUCCUGCUCCAAGGAGGAGACCCUGGAGCUGCUGGUGCUGGAGCAGUUCCUGGGCACACUGCCCCUCCCACCCCCCAAGACCCAGGCCUGGGUCCGGGUCUAGUACCCCAAGAGUGGAGAAGAGGCUGCUGAGCUGGUGGAGGAUCUGACUCAGAUUCUGACUCAGGCUGAGUCGAUCAGCAGCUGUUGACAGCACAUGGGGCAGAGCCUGGGCUGCAUGUGGAGGUACAGGACUGGUUCGGGGCCACUCACACACUCAUUCUUGUGUCUGCACCUUAGCCAAACUCACAUGGAAGCAGAUGGAUUGGUCUGUUUUACUGCAAGUGACUGAGAUCCUAGCUCAAACUGGCUAAAGCAAAGAAAGUAAGGGGGCUCAGACAUGGCCAUAUCCAGAAGAGAGAUCACAUGCCGCUACCAUGCCUGUGUCUCUCUUUUUCUUGUUCUCCUUCUAUUUCUCCACUGAGUUUUUCUGCAUUAGCUUUACUUUUAAGUUAGAUUCCCUCCCCAGAGUCCUGUGUUCACCUUUGACAUCUGCUUAUAGCUCCUUUCUUCAGUGAUACGGGAAAGUAAAAUCGAGGCAACAAGGAGGCAGACUUUAAUUGGAAAGUUGAUUAUAAAAAAGAAGCAAAAAUCGCUUCUCAGCCUUUGGCUAAGAUCAACUGUAAAAAAGAAACAAAGCUGGCUGUCCCGUAGGCAGCCUCAGGAGAAAUAUCAAAGCUGGCUCUUCCAGGGGCCAGAGAUUUAGCUCAGUGAACUGCUCCUGCCUCACAAGUGCAAGGUCCUGAGUUCGAUCCCCAGUACAAAAAAAAAACUGGCUCUUCCAUAUGCAGAGAAGCACAUAACAAAGGAUCCGUUUCACUUUU